AUGACAGAAUUUUUCAGUUUGCUGGAUAGUGAUGUUAUUGGUUUUGACUUAGACCAUACUCUCUGUCGCUAUCAUCUGAAGGAGACCUCCAAGCUGAUCUACGAGAGCUUUGCCAGGUAUCUGGUGGAACAUAAAGGCUACGAUAAGGACCUAUUAAACCUAACGCCUGCUACUUGGGAUUUUUGUUUUAAGGGCCUUGUGGUAGACCUUGAAGAUGGAAACUUAGUGAAGCUUUCUGAAGAUGGAACAGUAUUGAGAGCAACACAUGGAACAACUGACCUGAGCACAGAAGAGAUCAUUAAACAUUAUGGUCCAAAAAGGGAGUGGAAGCACUUUAACAGCCUCAAUACCUCUUUUGCAAGAUCUGCUAAAUACUAUUUAUACGACAACUACUUUGAUCUACCUGGUGCCCUCCUCUGUGGAAGAAUUGUGGACAUGUUGCACAAGCGGGGUAAUGAAGUGAAUUCCGACUUUUGGAAAGACAUGGUAGCUGCCAUUGACUACAAUUACAACACAUCGGCAUUUCGAGAGGAUGCAGGGACUUAUUUCCCCAAUGUUAAGAGGGACCCAGGCCGUUAUUUGCAGACUUGCUCCGAGUCCGUAAAGACUUGGCUCAGUAGCAUGAAGAAUGCAGGGAAAGUCCUCCUCCUUAUUACAAGCUCCCACAGUGACUACUGCAGGCUUAUCUGUGAGCACAUCCUUGGGAAGGACUUUGAAGAGCUUUUUGAUAUCAUCAUCACAAAUGCCCUUAAGCCUGGUUUCUUCUCCUUAAAACCACAACAGAGGUCCUUCAAAAAUCUUGUGAAUGAUGUCGAGGAAAGUGAAGAUAUGCCAUCAUUGGACAAACCUGGUUGGUACUCCCAAGGCAACUGGAUGCACCUCCAUGAACUGCUUAAAACCAUGACAGGAAAAGCAGAGCCCAAGGUUGUGUAUUUUGGAGAUAGCAUGAGGUCGGACAUGUUCCCUGCCAGCAGCUUUGGAAAGUGGGAAACAGUGAUGAUUGUGGAGGAAAUGGAGGGCGAGGGUGUGGCCAAAAGUGAUGCAGCAAAGUCAAAUGAGGCUCAGGUAGAGCCACAGGAGAAAAAGGGCAAGUUUGAGGAAAGCAUGAAGUCACCUUCUACAAAGUCCAACCAGUGGGGUUCCUACUUUGUUGAUGUACAUAGAAGUGGUGGUGAGGAUGAGGAUAUCCAGAAAUUGACCUGGUGCUGCCACUGUAUUCACAAAUACAGCACGAUGGCCAUCCCGAGCGUUGAGCACAUAGCAAAUCUCCCUUUGGAUUACAAGUUUCCCAGGUUUUCUCCUGAUAAGCCAUGCACAAACGGAUACUUCCCGAGGCCCCCCGAUUCGUUGCUAAAGAGAUGCAAAAGUCUCACCUGAAAAGCAAGUAUAACAAAAAGACUUAUCCUUUCUUUAUCCCUGUGGUCUGUGCCUCCACGCCAACCUGACGUUUCCCCCAUUCAACCCCAAAUCAUUCGGAGAGCACAAAUUGGCCUCAUCACUGAAUCGUUCAGAAAACUCGUUGAAUGUAAUGUCAGAUACACUAUCUGUAAUCAGGCCUGUCUUUGGAUAUUGUUUUGUGGUUUAGUAUACAUGUGAGAUUACAACAUAGUAUGGAUGUGUGUCUGAGUACAGUGGUACCUUGACUUACGAGUUUAGUUUUCCACUUGUAAUGCAAAUCAUAUAUCAAAUAGUCUUUCACCGUCGAGUAAUAGUCUGCUAAAAACAAACCAGAAACUGUAGCUUCUUUGUCCGCCAUGUUUGUUUACACUGAAAUUAUGUUUAAUCGGGAGGUAUUAGGACAUUUUUUGUCCGGCGUGAGAAUAUUCAUGAAUGAAAUUGGUUCGUGUCUGAUGUUUUGCCUCUUGUUGUUUACGGUACAUUCAAAACUGUGAUACCCGUGACCUUUUUUCAUUUUGUGUGGGGUCUCUCGUCCAAAGUUAGGGAAGACGGACGAUAAUUUCUAUCUAGCCGUGUGAAUCAGGUUUAAGGUGCAGUAUUAUUGAUGUAUUUUUUUUGCAGGGGCACAAAGAAUGUAAGCCUGUGAGUAUUGUUGAAUUUCCAUCUGCAUGUGUUGCUCCAUUAUUUGUGUCCAAAUUGUUUCAAGGCUUUCCAACUACAUCGAUGCUAGUUUUGGUAGUCUGUCUUGGGCAUUUUGCAUUUGCACUGUGUUAGCAUUUCGGUAGCAGACUCUAGGGAGCAAUUUAUUGUAUGAACUGUCAUUAGGCCUACAAACACACACAUCAGAGCUUGCAAAUAAUUGGCCUAAGAUUGGCUCGUAUCUC